CUAGAUACAGUAUGCAAUAAUUGCCCGAUUUCAGGGCCAUGUGUAGUAGAGUAGAGAAUACUUCUCAAUUUGCAUGAAAUGGAGGAAUACAAAGACGUAAUUAACUCAUCAAACCAGCUCAUUCAGCAGGAGAAUGUCAUAAUGCCCGAAGAUGUUUGCCGAGAUUUUUUACGGAAUGUGUGUACCAGAGGCAACCAUUGUAAAUACAAACAUCCUAGGUGUGAAGAAGAACCCAAGGAUAUCAUUCAACUUCGACCUGGUGGUAUGGUAUUUUGCCAUGAUUUCCAGAAUACGGUAUGUACCAGGCUAAGUUGCAAAUUUGUUCAUCGAUCACGACAAGAUGAAGACUACUACAAACUCACUGGGGAACUUCCCAAACCCAACCCUGAGCUCAUAAUUUCCAAUGGAAGCCAAGAGAGUAUUCAAAGGGAAGUACCACUGUGUAAAGAUUUCUUAAAGCGAGAGUGUCAACGAGGGAAAAAAUGCAAAUUUCUCCAUGUGUCUGAAUCUAGAGGCUAUCAAAAUAAAACAGAGGAAUAUGACAUUCCUGAUGCCAAAAGACGCCAUAAUGAGGACCUGGACAAGCUUGAAUAUGGUUUCAGGAUUGGAGAAAGGAUGGUUGCCAACCCAUCUACUGUCCUGUGUUCUCACUGUAAACCAAUAAGCUUUCAUGCAAAAUCCCAUUCAUUUUGUAUGCAUACCAGUGGAUCAAACCAUUUAGAAUUUUGUGUUCUUCAUGAGGAAAACUUGUUGUUAAGGAAAAAAGUUGAGGAUUUGAAAAAACAAGUUGGUGAUCUUUUGGCGACAAACGAAUUUUUGCUGGAGCAAAAUGCCCAUUUCCGAAUUCAAGGGAAAUUUUCGACAUCAACCAGUAUAGCUACUGUAACUUUGCCAACCGUAACCUUGCCCAGCUCUGUAACGGUUCCAGUCACGACCUCCGUAACAGCAUUAGGCCCAUUGGGUUCGCUAUCAUCGGUUCAAACUGCACAGGCAUUGGUGACCACUCAGUCACGACCAACAUUGACUGCUUCUAUACCUUUGCUACUUCAGUCCCUCUGACUCAACCAUCCCAAUUGGCAACAACAAUAGCCACCACUUUAGGCAUUGCUCCAGUCACAAUCAAUCAGACUACUGCAUUAGCAACUCAAAAUCCAGCGCUUUCAGCUGCUACAGCCACUGUGACGUUGACUCCUACAAUCAAUGCAGCAGCACUGCAGCUUCAAGGACCACAUCUCUCGGAUUCGGCAUUGACAUUUAGUGCUUCCAAUGGAGGAUCUCUUGUUUCCUAUCCAAUCAUGACCCAAAGUAUCUUGGCGCCAUCGGAGCUCAGGUCUACGCAUUGUGGCGUAACCGAUUUGUUUCGUUGAUAAGUAGCCAUUCUGAUGCUUCUUAUAACUUAUAAUUCCCCGUGUCUACUGACCCUUCUUCCUCGUGAGGACACCGAAAUCCUGGAAGAUGUACAUUUUUUUAUGGUUAGUUAGUUUGUUUUGCCGUUUUUUUUUUACUCAGUUUCUCAAACAGGUUUAUGUUGCGAAAAUGUUCUGCUGGAACCCAUCGUUAUUUUCAAAUUUAUGUUUAUAGAAAGACCAGUUAAAAUUCUGAACUUGCUGUAUAUUUUUCCCCUUUUUAUGGAAAUCGCUAGCAAUACAGAAAUGGAACGCAUUAAGAAAUAGCUUUUCAGUAAAUAUUGUUAUAGAGUUUUAAUUCAAUUUGUUCUACAAUAUACUAUGAUCUGUAGGUGAACAGUUUGUACCCCAAGAAAGAAAAUAGGCCGCAUAGACCGCAAAAUAUGGUUAAGCAGAUUCCCAAAUAAAUUCGAACUUGAAUGUGAUGCUUAGAAGCCUGAAGGUGAGACACAAUUUUUUCCACUUGCUUUCUAGUCUCGUCAGUAGUGGCCGAAUUGUCGAUCACAAAAUGUGAUCUAUAGCAUUUUUCGGAAAGUGGCAUCUGUGAGACAAUUCUUUGCUUAGCCUCUUCUUCAUUAUAACCAUUCCUUUUCAUUAAUCUUUCCAUCUGGAUUUUUUCGUCACUUUACAUAAUGAUAAUAAAGCCAUUAUAAGAAAAAGUACAUAAGCUAAAAUAUGUAUAGUGAAUUCACCAAGAUACUGUUAUGAUCUUAUGAAGAAAUGGCAGUAAUGUCCCAGUUUCAAACAGAAGUGGUAUGUCAAGUGCAACAAAUUUGUGACCUUAGAUCAAUAUUUAGAUAGAUCAGAUAAUGAAGGGAAAUAUCUAAUUUAGAUAGAUACUUGCCAUUUUUGAAAUAUUU